AUGAAACAGCCGCUCUCACCCGCUAUGAACACCUCCGAUACCGAAUCGGAUUAUUCCACGGACGAUACCCUCUCGGACAUGGAGUCUGACGACGGCGGGUGUGACUUUGGCUGCGGCAAUCUAGACGGUGAUAUCUGCGGCGACGAUGACAUCUGUGGCAACGAUGAUAUCUGUGGCAACGAUGAUAUUUGCGGCGAUGUCGAUAUCUGCGGCAACGAUAACGACUCCGAUCACGUAUACACUCACACCACCUACGUCACUAUCACGUCUAAGAAAGGCGCAUCCAGUGGUGGAAAGCCGCCCACCGUCUGUCUCGCUCAAAAGUAA